AUUGCGCUUCCGAGCCGGCUACCCCGUGGAGCCUCGCCAGGGCAACAGGCUUCAUGGCGGCGCAGACGGUGUCCCGGAUGGUGCGGCGAGUCCUCAGGUCCAGCUUUCGGAGCUGCAGCUCGGGGGCCCCGGUGACACAGCCCCGCCCCGGGGAGCCCUCCCAGCAUGCUGCAGAGGAGCUGUCCAGGCGGAGGCAGUUCCUGAGGGAGCACGCGGCCCCCUUCUCUGCCUUCCUCACCGACAGCUUCGGCCGGCAACACAGCUACCUGCGGAUCUCCCUCACCGAGAAGUGCAACCUCCGAUGUCAAUACUGCAUGCCCGAGGAAGGUGUCCCGCUGACCCCCAAGGCUGACUUGCUGAGCACAGAGGAGAUUCUGACCCUUGCACGGCUCUUUGUGAAAGAAGGUGUAGACAAGAUCCGGCUCACGGGUGGAGAGCCACUCAUCCGGCCAGACGUGGUGGACAUUGUGGCCCAGCUCCACCAGCUGGAAGGACUGAGGACCAUCGGCGUCACCACCAACGGCAUCAACCUAGCCCGGCUGCUCCCUCGGCUUCAGAAAGCUGGUCUCAGUGCCAUCAACAUCAGCCUGGACACGCUGGUGCCAGCCAAGUUUGAGUUCAUCGUCCGCAGGAAAGGCUUCCACAAGGUCAUGGAGGGCAUCCACAAGGCCAUCGAGCUGGGCUACAACCCUGUGAAGGUGAACUGUGUGGUGAUGCGAGGCCUGAACGAGGACGAGCUCUUGAACUUUGUGGCCUUGACUGAGGGCCUCCCCCUGGACGUGCGCUUCAUAGAGUACAUGCCCUUUGAUGGCAACAAGUGGAACUUCAGGAAGAUGGUCAGCUACAAGGAGAUGCUGGACACCCUCCGGCAGCAGUGGCCGGAGCUGGAGCAGCUGCCGGAGGAAGAAUCCAGCACAGCCAAGGCCUUUAAAAUCCCUGGCUUCCGAGGCCAGGUCAGCUUCAUCACGUCCAUGUCUGAGCAUUUCUGUGGGACCUGCAACCGGCUGCGAAUCACAGCUGACGGCAACCUCAAGGUCUGCCUCUUUGGGAACUCGGAAGUCUCUCUACGGGAUCACCUGCGGGCCGGGGCCUCUGAAGAGGAGCUGCUGAGAAUCAUCGGGGCUGCCGUGGGCAGGAAGAAGCGGCAGCAUGCAGGCAUGUUCAAUAUUUCCCAGAUGAAGAACCGGCCCAUGAUCCUCAUCGAGUUAUUUUUGAUGCGCCAAGAUUCCCCGCCAGCCAUUCUGAGCUUUUCUUCCUGGGACCCCCUCCGUGUUCAGGGUCUGAGACACAGAAUGAGUUUCUCCAACCAGGUGGCAACUUUGUGGAAAGGAUGCUGGGUCCCCCAGACCCCUCCCCUUGCCCAGUGGUGGCUGGGGUCUGGCUGCCCUCAGAGACACUACAGUUCCCACCUAGACUCAGAUACCAACCCAAAGUGCCUUAGCCCAGUGUCCCCGGCUCCUGCCACCCACUCAGGACCCCUGCCAACCUCGGACCAGCUAACCCACGUGGACACUGAAGGACGGGCAGCUAUGGUGGAUGUGGGCCAGAAGCCAGACACAGAGCGGGUGGCUGUGGCCUCAGGCGUGGUCCUCCUGGGGCCCGUGGCCUUCAAGCUCGUCCAAGAAAACCAGCUAAAGAAGGGAGAUGCCUUGGUGGUAGCCCAGCUGGCUGGUAUCCAGGCGGCCAAGCUGACCAGCCAGCUGAUUCCUCUGUGCCACCACGUGGCCCUGAGCCACGUCCAGGUGCGGCUGGAGCUGGACAGCACGCGCCAUGCCGUGGGGAUCCAGGCGUCUUGCCGGGCUCGGGGCCCCACUGGGGUGGAGAUGGAGGCCCUGACCUCAGCUGCUGUGGCCGCCCUCACACUGUAUGACAUGUGCAAGGCCGUCAGCAGGGACAUCGUGUUGGGGGAGAUCAAGCUCAUUAGCAAGACUGGGGGUCAGCGGGGGGACUUCCAUCGGACUUAGAGCUCCUGCCCCCCUCUUGCCCAUGGCCCAGCUGGAUCAUGCGAUGGGAUCCAAUUUGGGCCAACUGACAGACGUCAAGUUCCUUUAACCCCAUCACUGUUUACCUUCACCAGUAGGAACCCAAGGUCGGCCCACUGCCUACUGCUGGAUGAGCUAUAAACCUGUGGGGUUCCCUUUAUUCAGAGAGGAAACAGCGGGCCCUCAGCCUUCCUGGACACGAAGGUCACAG